ACGGAAUCAAAUCCCCCCUCCUCCCGCACGCAUCUCCAGAGCCCGGGGCCGGAUCCAUGGGUUGCUUCCUCGCCUGCUUCGGCGGCGACGCCGACCGGCGCCGGCGCCGCCGGAAGUCGCGGAGGCAGUCUCCCGCGAGGUCUCCGCCGCGGUCGAUUCAUGUUGCGGUGGCCCGCGAGGCGGCGGAUGUGGUGGUGAAGGAGGUGUCGCCGCCGUUGCGCGGGGCGAAGCCCUCGACGCUGGCGGAGGCCGUGGAGGUCCCGGACGAGGCGGUCGGCGAGGCUGCGGAUGUGGCGGCGAACGACGAGUCGCUGCUGCUGUCCAAGGAGGUGAAGGCUUCAACGACGCCGUCGGCUGUGGUGGCCGCGGAUGAGGCGGUCACCGACGCGAGCCCCGUCGAGGAGCUCAGGGAUUUGAGUGAGCAAAAGGUGUUAGAGAAGCAAGCCGCACCAUCACUCUCCCCAGUGAAAUGUUCUCCUAUUGUGGCAGCAGCUGUUUCCCCACAGGAUUCAGUGGAGUGUUCUCCUGUUGUGGCAGUAGUAGUUUCAGCUCUGGAUUCAGAUCUCAGGGAGGUGAACGAACAUGGCAGUCGGAGCAGUGGCAAGAAGAAAGUAACGUUCGACAUGAAUGUCACAACAUAUGAAAAUGCAGUACCACCUGACCAAGAGGAGGAACCACCAGAGGAAGAUGAAAACUAUGUGCAGAAUACUGUUGUUCUUCCAGAGAAUCAUCGUUACCGGAAUUGUUCUGACAGUGAUGAUGAUGUUGGAGAUGAGUAUGCUGAGGAUGAUGUCUAUGGUGAUGAUAGUGAUGAAGAUGAGGAGGAUUUUCUGGACUGCAAGAUUGAUUUGGUUGAUGAGGAGGAGGAAAUUAGAACUGAAGAGAACAAGCAGGAGUCUCACGAAUCCCUAUUCUCACUGUCAAUGUCUAAUGAUCAGCAAAAUGACCAAGAAGUUGUCAGUCCUGCACCCAAGAGCAGUGGUACCUCUGUAGAGGCAGAGAGCCCUCUAAUUGCGACAAAGAAACUCCGUGAUAGAUGCCAGUAUGUUCAUCCUGUGCUAAACCCGGUUCAGAAUCUGUCACAGUGGAAGAAAGUCAAGAGUCUCAAGGCCCAACCAGUGCAUGGUAAAUUGUUCGAUAAGGAGAAUGUAAACAUAGUGCCAGAUGUAGGUCCAAGCCCCAGCAUAUCGAGCAAAAAGGAAAUUUCUCUGGACGCUAGCCUCUCUACCUGGUUGGUUUCUUCUGAAAACUCAACAGUGGACAAGGUGCAAAGCAAAUCUCCUUGUUCCAUCUCGUCAGUAAACCGAGAUGAAAGGCCUAUCCUGGGUGCUCAGACUGUUGAUGACCUGAAGCAAUCAUCGACUGCAUCAUCUCCACAAAGAUCUCCAAGAACUAACCGUGAGGGGGCUCCGAUCUUGGGUACAGUUGGAAGUUACUGGCAUUGCACAGAGCAGGACAAUGAGUACUGUUCUUCUAGAUCCAAUUCAGGAACUAAUGGGAUUCCCAAUUCAACAAGCAAGUACAGAGAGGACAAAAGGGUGAACUGGCACUCGACUCCCUUUAAUGUCAGGCUGGAUAGGGCUCUGAAGAAAACUUCUGCUUGAAUGAACUGUUGUUGUUUAUUCAGUCUUGAAUGGAUUGUAUCUUCACUCAGCAUGGCCUUGCAAUACACGAUAGUGGAUAGUGCCUAUUUGUUUAGUCUAGUAAGUAGUUUUCAUGUGCCAAUUCGACUGCAUUACAUUGGGGUUGAUAUGUACGGUAACUGUCCAUGCUGCCGGCGCUGGAAAGUUGUUUGUUUGCGUAUGUCCUGACUAGGGAUGAAAACGGUACGGAUAUUUUCCGAC